ACAGUAAUUUAUGGUAUUAAAUGUAAAAGUUGUGCACUAUGGGUUUCUUGUAUUGGCUACAUUGAUGUGUAUUAAAGCAUGGCCGCCUAGGAAUUGAAGUAAUGUAGUUCUUCAUUCCUCAAGUCGUUCAUGGCAAUGGUGUACACGAAGGAGGAAGUAAAUAUAUCUAAGGAACAACAAUGGUAACGGUUGCGACAACCGAGUCACUCACCGAACUUGCAAAAGUGUUGGAGUUCUUUUUCAAAGGGUUGGCAGAAUGUGGUCUUCUAACUACAUACUCCGUUCAGCUCCAGGGAACUGCCGUGGAUUUUGCAGUACAAAUAAAAUACCAAUCUCUGCUAUUCCAGUUUAUAAAAAGCCUUCAGAGUGUGCUGCUGAAGAUUCCUUCUCUUCCUGGUCAUGAAUACAACCGAGAGAUCAGUACACAAACUACAGAAGAAACAAAUUUAAUUGAAGUAAACUUGCACAAUGCACCUACUUCGAAUGUCUCUGAGCAGCUUGGUUCUUUGGUUGAGGCUUGUGUGUUUACACAAACAGAUGAUUCCCUAGAACUGGUUGAUGAUGAAUGGAGAGAACUGAAGGGCGAAAUAAGUACCAGUUUCAUCGCACAAAGCAAAGCAAUGGGUACGACAACAGACAUCAUUGUGACCUGUCACCCUGCAUCAUUGGCUGCCAUUUCCAAUCACAGCUUUGUUGCAGCACCUGUAUCAGAAGUUUCCACUGCUGUCAGUAAUGAUGAUUCAGUUCUAAUUAAGCCAUGUAUCAAUGGGAGUGUAGUUAGAGGGGAUGACUGUAGUCCUACUGUAGAAGAGGAAAGCCCACCUGGUUCACUUACAGGGACUGAACUGGUAACUGUUGAAGCCAUAGACAGGACAGCAGAGCAGCAUCAGAGCACCACAGAAACUAUUAUAGAUUCAGGUGCCAAGACUGCAUUGAAGAUUGUUGCAGUUACAAAUUUGAAACCGUUUAUGAUCACUAAUCCACCUGGUGUUUUGUCUAAUUCAUUUAAAGUAGCAUUUGGUUCUCAGCAGGAGGUGGAGUCUUUGGUGUUGCAGACAUAUGAGCGAGAAGAUACUAAGGACUGUGAUGAUGUCAGUGGUGCAGCAACGAAUGUUAUGCGUAUUACUGUAGCAUCAGAAGUGGGACCCCCAGCUGCACAUCCUGAGCCCACAGAAGUUGAAAAGAAUGGUAAAGAAGAAGCCAAGGAUGGAGAAGCAGACACUGGGACAGCCAUAUUUAUUUGUGAGAUGUGUGACAAAACUUUUGAAUCCGCAUGCAGCCUUGAGGUGCACCAAAGUGAGAAGCAUCGCACACAGGGCCAGUGUGAUUUGUGUCAGCAGAGAUUUGGUACAACGCAGAGUUUGCAGGGUCACUGCCAGGCAAAGCAUGGGGGCCGGGGUUGUUUCACUUGUGUGGUUUGCGACAAGCACUUCAUGACUAAACUGAGCUACCGACGCCACAUGAACACACAUGGAGGCAAGAAAGGUGCAGUCUGCGAUAUGUGUGGAAAGACAUUCAGUCGGCCGGACUACCUUCAGAAACAUUACAUGACCCACACUGGACACCGUCCACACCAGUGUGCUGAAUGCCCUCGUAAGUUCAUCAGCAGCUCGCAGCUCAAAGUGCAUCAGAGGGUGACCCAUGUGUUUGACAUUCAGACUGCCAGCUGCCACAGUGAUUGCAGUGUUCAGAUUGCCAACCUUAGAAGAAGUUUUCUUAUUUCACCAUCUCACAUGUAACUUGUUAAAAGUUAAAAUCUUAAAAUUCACUUUGACUUUUAAAUCACUAUUGCACUAAACGUUUUGACUGAUAUGGUCAUCAUCAGGUGCUUUGAUAAUUGAAGGUGAAAACUACCGGAUUUCCAUCAAUGAAUACAAUUCAAAAUUAUAAUCACAUGUUGUUGUACGUCUGUAACAUGUAACAGUAUGAGUAAUUGUGUUAAUAUUUCACAUAUGAAGUACGCUGGUGCUUUUAUCGUGUGGUUGGAUGUGUACUUACAUGUGCUGAGUGACUCCUCUUAUGUGUUGUUCAGCUGUUAUGAGUGUUUAUGGAAUUGGCACUUUAUCAUAUAGGAUAGAUGGAUUAUGUGUGCUACUAUCUAGUGUUUAAUUCUUGUAGGGUUUCAAAUAUCGGAUUAUAUGUGUCAAUGUAUGUGUCAUUCAUAUGAUCUUUCUAAUGUUGUUUUAAGUGUUUUCCUUUUUUCUCUGUUUUUAUAAUGUUCAUGGUAUUAAUAAUACUCCUGUAUGCAUGGCCUGUGUUGAGUAUAUGGUUAGAAUAUCCCAAAUUACUCUUAUUAUUCCUAAUUUCCUGUAUAUGUUCUUUAUACCUUAUGUGAAAAGUUCGACCUGUUUGCCAUAAGUAUUUUAGUGGCCAGUGGUAAAUGCCGCUUUUUUCGUAUUUAUCUAUCUGUAAAUGAGAUUUUAUUAUAUUCUGUAUUGUGUUUCAUGUUUGAAGAGUUAUUUUUGUGAUUCUAUAAAAAGUUAUAUGAUUUUCCUUGUUUCUUUUCCACUCUGUGUGAAAAUAGGCCAUUUAGUUUUCUAGUGUUAUGGACCAGUGUUAUUCUGUUUGCUCCUAUUAUUUUGAUCAUUUUUUCCAGUUGAUCUUAAUAUUUUUUGCAACUAUAUGCAUGUAAUACUAUUCUGUCAAGUUUAUUUAUUGCAGUUUCUAGCUAAUUUUUCUGUUUAUGGUAAAGGUAAGGUAAAGUUGUCCCUCUGGUUAACUAACUAAGCACUAUGCCAUGAAGGUG